UUGACAGUUUAUCACUCACGCGUCUAUAGGAUGUUUGAGUUCUUUCCAAAAAAACAGCACAAUCAAGAAGCAAGUUCACGGAAAGUGGCGUGUAAUGAUGAAAUUUACAACAGAAAAAUGAUCCUUUCACUUUUCGAACAUGUCUGGUGUUGUGCACGUAAAGCAAGCUUGAUUCAUAUGGUGUGGUAAUAGCCAAUUCCCAAACCUGCAAUACGUACGUUGCUGUGGGAAUUUCUAAACGUCACACCAUUUUAACGCGCAGUGGCUGCCCAAGGGGUAGCUGAGUGCAUCCGGUAGAAGUGAAAUCGCCGCCAUAAAGCAAACUGUGCUGUUCGCCAACCGGAGGCGCAACAGGGCUGCACGUUAGCAGUUCAGCGAGGUCUGUAGCAUAAGCUUCCAGGUGUACGCGGGACGCGUAUCCUUAGUACGCGAAUGGAAUUCGCCGAACUCAUACUGACGCCCAAGCUGGAUGGCGUGCUGCUGUACGAUCAGCUCAGCGAUCGCCCCAUCGAUGGAACACUCUGCAUUACAGGGCAUCAUUUGAUCCUUAGCACGAGAAAGGAAGGCGCCCAAGAACUGUGGCUGCUUCAUCAAAACAUCGACCUAGUCGAACGAAAGCCUAAUAUCGUUAACAACAUCCUCGAGGGCGGUACCAUCAUACUGAAAUGCAAAGAUUUGCGUAUCAUCGCGCUCAAGAUAGCGUCCCCACAGGAAUACUUUAACAUUUCCAACUCGAUCGAACAGCUGUCCAAUCUGGAGGAGACGCGAAUGCUGUACCCUUUCUUCUACAUUCCAAUGUACAACAUCCUCGAGGAUGGUUACUCACUGUACAAGCCUGAGCAAGAGUUUGGCAAACUGUUGGCUAAUGGAGACGAAUGGCGGCUGACGUCGGUAAACAGCUCGUACCAGGUCUGUCCAACAUACGGCGCUAAGCUCGUAGUGGCCCGUACCAUUACCGACGAACAGAUCAUCCAAUCGUCCGCCUUUCGCGAUGGUGGAAGGUUUCCGGUGCUUUCCUACAGACAUGCAAAUGGUGCGGCAAUGCUGCGCAGUGCUCAGCCACUGGCUGCACCAGGUGUGACGAAGCGUUGCCGAGCGGACGAAGCCAUCCUGAAUGCGGUGCUGGGCCGAAGCAAGAAAGGCUUCAUAUUUGACACGUGGGCGAAGGGUAAGAGCAGCACAACGGAAACGGAUCAGCAUUACUCCCAAUGGAAGAAGGUGACGCGGCCGAUCGGUCAGUUCAGUUCCGUGUCGGCGUUGUUAGAUAGUUUUAUCAAAUUGAUGGAAGCUUGCAAUGAUGUGCAGUGCAGCUCGGACAAAUGGUUAUCGCGGCUAGAAAUGUCCGGCUGGCUCGGAUUUGUACUGAACGCACUGAAUGCAGCUUGCGUGGUAGCGCAGUGUCUCGACCAGGAGGGUAGCCCGGUACUGGUGCACGGUGGAAAAGGGCUCGAUACAACACUCGUCGUAACGUCGCUGGUGCAAAUCAUACUUAAUCCUGAUAGCCGCACCAUCAGAGGACUUCAAGCGCUUAUCGAUCGAGAGUGGCUACAGGGCGGUUAUCCAUUUUCAACCCGUCACAAACAUUCCUGCUACACACCGACGAAUCAGCGACGGAAAAGUUCAAGCGCAACGUUCCUUCUGUUUCUCGAUUGCGUGUAUCAGCUGUACGCCCAGUUUCCCUGCAGCUUCGAAUACGAUCAUCGGUUACUAGUGACCAUGUUCGAGCACAGCUACUUCAGCCAGUAUGGUACGUUUUUGGGUGAUUGUGAACGGGAUCGAGUACAGCUGAAAGUUACCACCCGCACGACGAGCCUCUGGUCGCACCUGAACCGACCGGAGGUUGUUAAGUCACUGCUAAACCCCAUGUACGAACCAAAUCCUGCCGUCAUAUGGCCAUCGGUGGCACCGAUCAGUAUUGUGCUGUGGUCCGAACUGUACACACGCUGGUCGAUUGAUCAGUCCCAGCUGAAGAUAAACUUUGGCCACAUUCAGGCGCUGGUUAGUCGGGAAAAGGAUUUGCGCAGCAGGGUGGUAAAGUUGCGCCGUCAGCUGGCGGAACUGCAGCGAGAGUAUCAGAUAGUGCGAAGUGAAAAAAAUGGCAACAAUAGCGAUGAGUUGCACCGCCACGCCGAAAUGGACGACCCGGGUGACGAUGGUGACGAGGAAAGUGUAUCAUCCGAUGCACUAGGUUCUAGUAAGUAGAAUUUAAAUGAAGGGCCUUACGCGAUACGAGGAGAGGGUACAGAACCGAUUGAUAAAAGCUUCUUUUAGCUGUCACGAUGCUAGUCUCCAUUGUUCGGUUGUGGCAAUGAACGUACGUCGUUUUUUGUGUGGCUUUUGAAAACAUUGCUGUGCACAAUUCCAUUGAAUCCAUUGAUCGCUUGUUUUAAUUUAGUAUCAUUAUUAACCUUUUACAUAAUUUUGCAACUUUUGGAGGAUUACUAUAUGCCAAGUUUCCGGAGCAAGAUUUUACUAACCUCUUGUUGGUUCGAUGGAGUGAUUUCAUUCUCUAUGAGUAAUUACAAAGCUAAGAACGCAGGGCUCUCACGGAAGAAGCAGUUUAUGCUUGCAGUUCGAGCGUUCCCUUUUCUGCACUUGCAUGCAACAUGUCUCUACAUCACUUCCCCCUCAUUUAAUUCGAUUUGUUCGCUCAAAAAUUGGUUCGGUUUUAGACGAUCUGUUGAGAUUGCCGCCUUUCUACCUUUGACUUCUAAUGUAUACGUUUUUCUUGUUUUGGAUUGUUUUCACCUUCUCGUAAGUAGCUUUUAGUUGGCGAUUAAAUUGUGUUAUCUUACCAUUUAUCUAUCACUGAUAAGGGGAUAUUUUAAGACGAUCAUUACCAAGUGUUUUGGAUAGCAUUGGAAAGAUCUCAUUUUUAAACUGCCUGCCGCGGUCAGUGGUGAUUUUAGAUAGUGAUCCAAAUCUGGCAAUUCAGUUUGCGAUGAAUGUUCGGACUAUCGUCUCUGUUUUCUUAUUUUCGGUAAAGGUAUUACCUCCGGCCAUGUCAACUCAUGUAUGGGUCUAAAAUCUCGAGGCUGUGAGAUGCCGAUAGCACGAGCAUAGGGGCUCACAAACCCUAAUAGCGAGUGAAUUUAUUCUUGUCCACUAAAUACGAUGUAUUUACGUUCUCUGAACUUUUCUGCUUGGUGGUGUUAGGCUUCGAUGAUGUUCUCCAGUGCACUAGUCAUGUCCGAGAUUAUGUUUCUUGAAUCUUUUCGUAAUUUUUCGAGAUCGCUCAGUAACUCCAAAUAUACCAAAUCGGGUCUUCCGAAAAGUUCAUCCAAACGUUUUAUAAUCUCAGGUACAUUUUCGGCCUCCAUCAUCAAUUGUUGAACGCUUCUAUAAACCGUUCCAUGCAAAACCUGCUUGAGACGAUUUAAGUUUUCUAAAUUAGAAAACUCCCCUUCUUGGGUUGUGUCUUCAAAUGUUUUCUUAAAAUUUGGCCAUCGUUUGGGACUGCCAUCAAAUCUAGGUAGUUGCAUUAGGGCUUGUCUUCUGAUCAGGACCCCCAUUUUGGGGGAUUCUCCACCAUUAGUUGCCAUCAGUUUAACGAACUCCUUCGUUUGCUGUUACUGGCUAACUAUUAAUUGAGAAAUCAUUUUCUCAAAGGAUUGUUCCUUUACUGGACUUCCUUCUACUUCGGUUGAUUCCUGUUCGGCAAUUUCAACCUUAUUUGCGCCUUCUGUUAAGGCCCUGAGCUCAUCCCUAUUUUUUGCUUCUGCUUCCUGAAGGGCCUUUAUUUCCUCCUUAUUCUUGGCUUCUCUUUCUUGAGCAGCCUUAAGUUCGUCCUCUUUCCUAUUAAGUUUGUACUUAAUUUGUUGGCAUUUGCGGCAUAACCAGCACUCUUCAGGUGAUGGUUUCCGCGUUAGCUUGGCACAUUUCAAGUGAAACCAUCGGUCGCACUCUGUGCACGCAAUCAUACUCUCCUCAGCGGUGUCCUCCGCUGUGCAGAGUCGGCAACUGCCCUUAUCAUUUAAAACAAACGGAUAUGGCAUCUUGGACGAAUCAGAGCCUUGCUUAUAAGAAUAUAAUCUCACUUACCCGAUACCUCGGUUCGAAUUUCUUUCCUAAAGCACCGACUGGACUCUUAAUGGCGAAGCGUGAACAAUGAUUCCUGGCGAACGUUGUUUCGGAUGACUCACUAUUAAAUUUCUUUCGUAAAUGUUUCUUUCUGUGUGUUUUUCUUUCGGAUAGUGACACUAUGAUAGUCUACGCACUGAUUUGAGAUUGUUUUUUGGUUUUUAUUUACUCAUUUCACGCACUUCACCUCGCUUCUACAGACACUGGUACUGCAAAUGUACUAUCCUAGGGUACGCGUCCCUCGGUAGUAUUUUAAAAUUGGCGUAACGAUUCAAGAUAUCCUCGAACUCUUCAAGGAUAUCGCUUGGGAUAUGUCUGUCUUCGUUCAGCGUCUGAACGAUGGCGUCUACAGUCGUCGCUAUCACCUCGUUCGUGUCGUCGUAGGUUGGUACGCGAUAACGACUAAAGUAAUACUCGUCGUUGUCCGAUUCUUCCUGACUUCCUACGUAAUCAAGAAGCACUGGUUCUCUGGGUUGCACGUCUUCGUAUUCUUCCGGGUUCUCCCGUCGACGUGCUAACUCCUCGGCUACUCGACGAUCCCAAUCGUCCUCGUCCCAACCGUCGCUGUCCCACUGCUCGGCUUGAGCUUCCGCUUCCUCGGCAGCUGGUUCCUCGAUUAUCCACUGCUGGUCUAUUACCUCCAGGAUGUUUCCUCUAUCAAGUUCCUCUUGGAAGCUUGGUAGACACAUCUGGAUGUUGCGAACUUCACUUUUUAUAUAUUAUCACUACGCGAAACUAACACACAGCUGUUCUUUUGGCGACAGCACACCGUACUUUUGUGAGUUCGAUCACAGAGGAUGCAAUUAUGCGCAAGCUUGCAAUUACCAUUUGUUGCUGACGGGAACAAAUCGGACUACGGGGUCCGCCGUACAGAGUUGACUACGCGAAGAAUACCUUUAUAGAAGAUUUAUACCUAGUUUCCCUUUAAUCGGUAGGGUUGUUUAUCACUAGCCGCAUCGUUUAAACUGUAUACAUUAUCGGCCAAGUGACGGUGCUUCCGAUUGAAAGUUUGUUUGGUCGGAUCUUCUAUUUUAGGUUUCUCUACAUCAGCUACUUAAAUUUCUGAUAAUGUCGUUGCUAUACUACAGUAGUAGCACUUCGUCGAUAGUGUAGCCAAGUGUAAGCCUAUUUUCAGUCUGUAUAAAAUGUUUAUACCUAGUUUCCCUUAAAUCGGUAGGGUUGUUUAUCACUAGCCGCAUCGUUUAGACUAUAUACAUUAUCGGCCAAGUGACGGUGCUUCCGAUUGAAAGUUUGUUUGGUCGGAUCUUCUGUUUUAGGUUUCUCUACAUCAGGUACUUAAAUUUCUGAUAAUGUCGUUGCUAUACUACAGUAGUAGCACUUCGUCGAUAGUGUAGCCAAGUGUAAACCUAUUUUCAGUCUGUAUAAAAUGUUUAUACCUAGUUUCCCUUAAAUCGGUAGGGUUGUUUAUCACUAGCCGCAUCGUUUAGACUAUACAGGGUGGCAUCGUAGAAGUGAUACACUUUGUAAAUUUAAUUAAAAUUGAAACCCGAUAUCAUUUUUCUUCGAAAUCGAUUGAAAUAACAUCUAUUAGUAUUAAACUUGCAUUUUACUUAAUUUAUUUCAAAUCUUUCGCCUUUGCACUUGAUAACGGCCCGUAGGCGCUGUUUGAAGUCGUUGCAAGCCGCACGCACAACUUCAUCUGGCAUUUCGUCCCAUAUCUUCAACAACCGCCUCUUGAAUCCGUCCAAAUUCAGAUGUUUGACUUCACCCAACUUUCCUAGCAUGUAUCCCCAUGUGCUGAAGUCCAACGGGUUCAAAUCCGGAGACGCAGCUGGCCAUUCCGAUGCACUGAUGAAACAUGGCAAAUGCUCCUUGCACCACUCCUGAACGAUCGAAGCCUUAUGGGCUGGAGCUGAAUCCUGUUGGAAGCAAAAACUGUCGUUGCCAAAAAGCUUCUUAGCGUAUGGUUUUAAGUGGCCUUGCAGAACGUGUUCUAAAUAGUAUUCCUUGUUGAUCUUCACGCCUUUAUCGAUGAAUAAAAGCGGUAACUUCCCUUUUGUCGAGAUAGCUCCCCAAACCAUCACCGAUGACGCAUUUUGAUACCGUUCGACUGCUCUUUUAUCUGCUGGUAUAUCCCGAAGAGAUGCUCCAUAAACACGAUCGUUCUGCUUAUUCAAGGGUGCCUCCAAUGUGAACAGUUUUUCGUCCGAAAAGAUGAUGUUAUGGCCAGCGUGCGUCUUCAGCAGCAAGCGAGAUCUGGCAACCCUGUCGGCAAUAUUUUUGCUGGUUAAACCGUGAAUUUUCUGUUUUUUAUACGGUUUGUUGCCUAGAUCCUUUUUCAGAAUGCUUUGCAUGGCAAAGUGGCUCAUAUUCAUUUCACGCGCCAUUUUUCUUCCCGAGCGAGCUGGAUUCCGUCGUAUUCGUUCCUUUACCGCUUUGAUCACCGCUGGAGUUCGGACUGUCCGAAAAAAAUUGAAUCAAACACGAAGUAAACGGUUUGCACAUUAACAGUAAACAAGUUUAUCUGUCAAAAUAUACCCAUGUGUUUGACAUACAGUGAUAGUAAACACAAUACAGGGGCUCUCAAAUAAGUGUAUCAGUUCUACGAUGUCACCCUGUAUACUUUAUCGGCCAAGUGACGGUGCUUCCGAUUGAAAGUUUGUUUGGUCGGAUCUUCUGUUUUAGAUUUCUCUAAAUCAGCUACUUAAAUUCUUAGUAAUGUCCGUCAUGUACUACAGUAGUAGUACGUCAUUGAUCGUAUAGCCGAGUAUAAAGGCGCUGGAAUUAUCCAGCAGCCGACAAACGCAUACGCUGCUCUGCAGUUGCGUGAAUUUGGACACUUGCUGUCCCACUGACUUCAGGCUCUCGUCCGUCCACAGUCCCUUCAAAAUCUCCGCGUAGGAGGUCGACUCUUCCGAACUGAUGAGAACAGCCUCAGGGCGGUUUAGGACCCUCUUUGGUAUGUCGGCCUUCUUGGCUUUCUUGGCUGGUGGUGAAGGUUUUUGUACAACCUUCUGCGGUUUCUGCCUCCUUUGCCUAAGCCAGUUAUGCCAGCGUCUUCUUCGGUUCUCCUUACUUACAUUAGUAAGUUUAGGGACGUCCUGUUUGGACUUGGGCUUACGUCCCUUCUUCGUCUGAGUGACGAUAUCUUCUUCCUCUCGGUUUGUAGUCUGCUCUAGAUCUCUCUAACUGCGCCUUUAACGCUUCACUCUUCCUAUGGAGUGACUCCGUCAGCUUGAGAAUACUGCGAAGGAUCAUAACAUAAAGCUCUAAAUUCUAAACAGACUUAGAGCUUCUCCAAUAACCUACAUCCUCCGCCUUCGUUAGUAUGCAAACUGGUUACGACGGUCCAGUAACACUCCCGGCAUCACGUGGAGGUGAAGGUCGUCAAGUUUUGUCGGGUAGGCUGCUCUUCUUAAGCAACAUCCGAUGAUAGCAACAUGCUAUCGAUUACACGUCCUGGUUCACUUAAAUCACCCACUAUGUCCUUAAUUAUUUUUCAGAAGUGCGGUAUCAUUCACUUUUUCCAUGACUAGGAACUUGGGGUUCCUAUUUUCUUCCAUUUUCGUUUUUCCUAUCUAUUCCAUCCAUUCCUAUUGUUUUCAUUCUAUCAUCUUCUAGCAAGCAUCAUUUCCUAGGUUUACAGACGAACAGUUUUAUCAAUUUAUUAAACUAGAAACAUGAUUACCCUGCGUUUGUUGCUAAUUAGUAACAAAUCAAACAAUAAUUUAUAACGAAUAUCAAGUAAUUAUAACUUCGAGAAACUUUUGUUUCUCUGACGGCAGCGAAUGCGCGUUCAAUGGACUUGUGCACAAAUGUUUUUAAAUUGUAAACGAGAAAAAUAAAAUGAGGAGAUUGGCUAAACUUACUUGCGGUAGGUAGGGAAUUCGCAUUAAACAGGAUAGGAAACAUAAAUAUGUAAAUAAGAAGUUAUCCUUCUAGAGGUGAUAUGUUUAGAAUUACAGCACUUGCUACUCGUUGUCAAUUGUACAAUGUGAGAAAAAUAUGAGCAAAAAAAACGUAUCAUAAAACAGACGACAAAACUGUGAACCCCCCGUACUAUUUUAACAGAGUUGUGCAUGCUUACCUUUAAGAAAUCUAUGCAUCAAUCAAUCAGUUAUGCAAGAAUUGUACAUGACGAAAUCAAAAUAGAAAUUAAAUGAAGAGCUUAGCCCGCAUUUUAAUUGUCACACAAGACCGUUAGAAAUGUUCUUGCUCCCCUUUUAAAAAAAAAGACGUCCUUUUAAACACUCGCCUUACUCUUAUCUACAAAACUGAUCUAAAAUGGAGCAAAAUGCCACUGCUACUUGUAUAAAACUAUAAAAAAUGUUAAUUUAAAUAAAAGACGAACGUGGAAGAUACUUUCUGUAACUAUGCUAUGUUCUGCCACAGGACUGUAUUCUUUUAAAUAUUUAUAUACAAUAUACGUUUCGAAUCGGAAAUCCAUACCAUUGAGCAUAAUAUAAUACAAUAAACUGUUAAUUUUAUUAA